AUGUUGUCAUUGAAUUGGCGGCCACGAGAGGGCUGCCCAAAGGAGACGACCCAAACCACUCCCUCUAAUUGCAUCUGCUCUAUCUUUGAUACCCUAACUACUGUCACUUUCUUUCUUUCUUUCUUUCUUUCUUUCUUUCUUUCUUUCUUUCUUUCUUCUCUGUUUCUCUCACUCACUUCCACUUUCUUACUUCGUUCUCAUUUUCUGUCUUUAUUUAUUUCUCACCCUCUCACUUUACUUCUUCCUCCUCUCUCGCUCUCUCUUCCUUUAUUUCUUCUCUCUCUCUCUCUCUCUCUCUUUCGCACCCUUUUUCUUUCUUUCUUUCUUUCGUUCUUUCUUUCUUUCUUUCUCACUCCCACUUUUUACUUCGCUCUCAUUUUCUUUCUUUCUCGAUCUCAUUUCUUGUCAUUAUUUAUUUAUUUCUCCCCCUCUCACUUUCUUUUUACUUCUCUCUCACUAUCUCUUUCUUUAUUCCUUCUCUCUCAUUCUCUCUUUCUUUCUUCUCUUUUUCUUUCUUUUUCUUUCUUUCUUUCUUUCUUUCUUUCUUUCUUUCUUUCUUUCUUUCUUUCCCCCUCGCUAUCACUUUCUUUUUUUUCUUUCUUUCUCUUUCGUUCUCAUUUUCUCUUCAUUUUUCUUUCUUCCUAG